UCCGCUCCGACGCGCUCCUCUCCAGAUACUCCCGGAGCUCCAGCCGCGCGGAGCACGCGACCCCAGCGCUCUGCCCCCAAACUUCAGUUGCAGCUCCAUUGCAAGCCAUCUAAUUUAUUCUUCAAAAAUCAGAAACGGAGCCGCGACACGGGGAAGGAGUCCGCGGAGGAGUAAAAUAGCAGCAGAGCAAGCAGAGCUCCGGCGAGCUGCCUCCUCGGAGCAACAGCUCGGCAUCGGGAGGGCAGGAACCAACAAGUGAGAAGGCGCCGCGUUCCCGGGGCGCAGCCGCAGGCAGCGGGAGCAGGCGCAGGCGGAGGAAGCGAGCGACCCCGAGCCCGAGCCCCCGAGCCGGAGCCGCGGUCCCUGCCGCUGCUCGGCUCCGGAUCCUCCUGCGCGGGCUGCGCCAGGCGCUGGGCGAAGAGGCUUCGUUUCUCCCUGGUUGCCAGCGGCGGCUGGGAGCAGCCGGUCCCCGGGGAAUAUGCGGCGCGCUUGGAUCCUACUCACCUUGGGCUUGGUGGCCUGCGUGUCGGCAGAGUCGCGGGCGGAGCUGACGUCUGAUAAAGACAUGUACCUUGACAACAGCUCCAUUGAAGAAGCUUCAGGAGUGUAUCCUAUUGAUGAUGAUGACUAUGCUUCUGCGUCAGGCUCAGGAGCUGAUGAGGAUGGAGAGAGUCCAGAGCUGACCACAUCUAGACCCCUUCCAAAUAUUCCAUUCACUAGUGCUGUUCCGAGAGUGGAAACCACAACACUGAACAAGAUACAAAACAAGAUCCCUGCUCAGACAAAGUCACCUGAAGAAAUUGAUAAGGAAAAAGUUCACCUCUCUGACUCAGAAAGGAAAAUGGACCCAGCUGAAGAAGAUACAAAUGUGUAUACUGAGAAGCACUCAGACAAUCUGUUUAAACGAACAGAGGUCCUGGCAGCUGUCAUUGCUGGCGGAGUUAUCGGCUUUCUCUUUGCAAUUUUCCUUAUCCUGCUGUUGGUGUAUCGCAUGAGAAAGAAGGAUGAAGGAAGUUACGACCUUGGAGAACGCAAACCAUCCAGUGCUGCUUAUCAGAAGGCACCUACUAAGGAGUUUUAUGCGUGAAAACUCCCAUUUAGUGUCUCUAUUUAUGAGAUCACUGAACUUUUAAAAAUAAAGCUUUUGCAUAGAAUAAUGAAGAUCUUUGUUUUUUUUGUUUUUUUCAUUAAAGAGCCAUUCUGGCACUUUAAUGAUAAGAUCCCAUUGUAUUUAAAACUUUUCAUGUAUUUCUUUAGAACAACAUAAAAUUCAAACGUAACAUCUGCAGUGUUCUGUGAAUAGCAGUGGCAAAAUAUUAUGUUAUAAAAACCCUCAAUGUUCAUGGAAUCGGUUUAAACGUUUAUGUGCAAAUAUGAAAAGAUUGUUUUUAUCCUACGGUUCAAAGAUGAAAGCUGUUUCAUUUGUGUCAGCAUGUCUCAGAUUGACCUUACCAAGUUGGUCUUACUUUGUUAAUUUAUCUGUUGUUCCCCUCUCCUCUGCUUGCCCCUCUUGUCCCCUUGAAAACAAAACAAAACUCUAUGCCUUUUGUAGCUGUUACAGUGCAAUUUGUCUUUGGAUAAUUCAGAUAAUGGUAAUUUAGUGUAUAUGUGAUUUUCAAAUAUGUAAACUUUAACCUCCACUUUGUAUAAAUUUUUAAGUGUCAGACUAUCCAUUUUACACUUGCUUUAUUUUUCAGUACCUGUAGCUUCAGGCAGAUUUGCAACAGCAAAUUAAUGUGUAAAAUUGGAUUAUCACCACAAAACUGGUUAGUCAUGUCUAUCUAAUCAGAUCUUCUUUUGGGAGGAUUUGAUAUGAGUUACUGACAAGCCUCAGCAAACCCAAAGAUGCUAACAGUAUUUUGAGAAGUUGCUGCAGAUUCCUUUGGCCACUGUAUUUGUUAAUUUCUUGCAAUUUGAAGGAGUGGGAACUUAAGGAAGAAAUCAGUUUUUGUUCUUAAAAAUGCAUUUAAGUUGUAAACGUCUUUUUAAGCCUUUGAAGUGCCUAUGAUUCUAUGUAACUUGUCGCAGACUGGUGUUAAUGAGUAUAUAUAACAGUUAAAAAAAAAGUUGGUAUUUUAUAAGCACAGACAAUUCUAAUGGUAACUUUUGUAGUCUUAAGAAUAGACGUAAAUUGUAAUUUGGGAACACAACAACUACUGAAUAAAUCAUGUGGCCUAAUAUUGAAAA